UGUCGUUGUUAACGGUUCCGAUAGCAAAUAAAAUCAAAGGAACCGCAUUGUGCAUACUUCGUUUUUGUCAGUUCUAGAGUUAUCCUUUCCACAAGUGAUGAAGUUCUUGUUUCCACUCAAGAAUAUAAACAAUUAAUUUUACGGUUGUCCUGCUUCUUUUGUCCCGACGGCAUUGAAUUCUGAAAAAUCUCACUGGGAUGCCAGCGCUGGGCUGAAUCCAGCAGCUCAUUCCAAUGCAGCAUUCCUGAUUCAGAUCGCUAAUUGUUGAGUGGUUGUGGUCCGAUAGGGUUCCACGAUAUUUUACACUGACUUGUUCCCGCAGCUUCUUCCUCUCUGUCUAAAAAUGUGGAAUCGAAAACUUUCUGAUAAUUCCGAAGUGUCAGUAGCGAUUUACUCGGAUAGUUGUACAACCGAUUAUACUAUUCUGACCGGAACGAAAAAAGUUGGUUUAAAUGACGUCACCAACCGGAACGCUAACCGAGCACUGGUGGAGAAGAUUGCUGCUAAAACGUCAGAAGUCGAUGCUGCGAAUUCAACCACGAAAGUUCUGGAUGAGUUACAUAGUGGGCAAAGCCUGAAGGACUCGCACGAAGGGAUUUUGCGCUUCUGCCGGGAAAAGCUUUCAGCGAGCUCCAGCGACUUACAGGAUGAAAGCUUCGAGGAUAAGACGACUACAUUCCGUCAGCUUGUGAAAUGGGCUACACAGUGUCUUCAUCAUUUGGAAGCGCUGGAACACUCGGAAGAAUGCAGCACUGUCGACUAUCAAGUCGCCGAAUGCAAAUACCGUUCUGCGCUCAAUGGGUUGCGCAAUCUGGUGGCCUAAAGUGGACGGCCUACGUGGACCUAAAUGUGGCCUUGUCGCACUAGCCUCCUUUUAUAUUUCGUAAUCUCAGAUCUCUAGGAAACUCCAGUUGCGCGUAUUUGCUAAUCCCUGCUACCACGGUUAACGUAUCGUGUUCCGUUCGGCUUUUGCUCUAGUUGGAAGUAAUCUCUGCAUGCCAAGUCAAUGUUGUUCCACGAUUUCCAUCAGCAUCGAGGGCCCUCCCGUUAGUAGGUUAUUUUGUAUAGUCCUUUUUGUCCGGGUGACGAAGAUGUUCUCACGCAGCACCUUGCGAAUCUGAAUAA